UCCUCCAAGCCACGACCGGACGCCAUUACCACGCCAUCGGACUAAGAAUCUGUCACUAGUGCGUUAUUCGUUUGAUAAUCUUUGGAUUUUCUACGAAAUCGUUCGUUCUGUAUUGUUAGAACCGCCAAAUACUUAAAAAUCAAAAUGUCUGACGAGAAAAAGGGAGAAAGCGAACAUAUCAACUUGAAAGUAUUAGGUCAAGAUAAUGCCAUUGUGCAGUUUAAAAUCAAAAAACACACACCUCUGAGGAAGUUGAUGAAUGCCUAUUGUGAUAGAGCGGGUCUGUCAAUGCAAGUAGUGCGAUUCAGAUUUGAUGGGCAGCCAAUCAAUGAAAAUGACACACCAACAUCACUGGAGAUGGAGGAGGGCGACACAAUAGAGGUUUAUCAGCAGCAGACGGGUGGAUCACCUCUAGUGUAAUUCUUAUCUUAAGGAACUGUCCAAUUCCCAUGGGAAGAGCGCUGUGGUGUACCCAUCUCAACUUUAACGUUAAGUUAAUUUUAAAUAAAAACUGCAAGUAUAAAAUGUAAAUUUUGAGAUACACAAUUGCAUUGUCGCACUUUGUAUAACUUAGCAUUGUGUAUCUUAAAACAGUAGUACUGUAUACUCUAUUUAAUUAAGGAGAAAAUUUGAGGUAAACCAAAUGUUUUAGGUAACUUCAAUAAUUAUUCCAAUGUGAUAAUUUUUUUAGUUGACACUUUACAGAUCAAUUCUGAAUAUAAUAAGUGUGGCCAAACCUUAAAACACUUGCGACCUGUAUGUGGUAAUCUAUGGGACUUAAGUCCAAACCCCAAUGUCAAGUCUACUGCUACAACCACUGGUUUAUUAUAUCUGAAAUAAAUUAAUUUUAAAACCAGAA